CGGAAGUCGUUGCCUCGCCCGUGUCCCCGCAUGGCGGCUUCUGGGCGCCGCCUGCCGCCGCGAUCUGUAGGGCUGCCGGUGUGGCGGGUGAAGAGGGGUCCCUGCAGGCGAAGGGCUCGGGCCGCCUAGGCCGGCGCUCCCGGCGACGCACCCCCUCCUGCUUCUCCGUAUCCCGCAGGCUCGGUGACGGCAGAGCUGAUGGGGAAAUACUUCCUGACCCUGAGCGUCCUCAAGGGGCCCUGGGACCAAGUCUUCGCCGCUUUCUGGCUGCGCUACCCCAACCCGUACAGUAAACAUGUCCUGACAGAAGAUAUCUUGUAUCGGGAAGUGACAGAAGACCAGAAGCUGCUUUCCAGGCGGCUCCUAACCAAGACCAACAGAAUGCCUCGCUGGGCAGAGCGCUUCUUUCCGGCCAAUGUUGCCCACUCUGUCUACAUCCUUGAAGAUUCCAUUGUGGACCCACAGAACCGAACUAUGGCCACAUUCACCUGGAACAUCAACCAUGCACGUAUUAUGGUGGUGGAAGAACACUGUGUUUACAGAGAGAACCCAGAUAACAGUAGCUGGACAGAAGUCAAGCGGGAAGCUUGGGUAUCAUCCAGCCUGUUUGGUGUCUCACGUGCUGUCCAGGAGUUUGGCUUGGCCAGGUUCAAAAGCAACGUGACCAAGAGCACCAAAGGGUUUGAGUAUAUACUGGCUAAAAUGCAAGGCGAAGCACCAUCUAAAACCUUGGUGGAAACAGCAAAAGAAGCAACAGAGAAAGCCAAGGAGACUGCCUUGGCUGCUACAGAGAAGGCAAAGGACUUGGCGAGCAAAGCAGCUACUAAAAAGAAGCCGCAGCAACAAUAUGUAUGAAAAAGCGGCUUUCCUGGAACAGGGACCGGAGUGCCAUUGGCACAGGCACCAUAGUAAUACUGGGAAGCUCACCUAUAAACUGUAGGUUUACAACCCUUGGGAAGUGGAGGUAGCCAGACUGUCUUCUAGAUUUUAUGUUUUUUAAUUGAUACUGUACAAAUCUGACAAUCAUCUUCUUUCUCAAGGUGUAAUUAUCAUUAAAAGAAUAGACUUACAAUUCA